ACCAUUCCACGAAACGAUUCGUUGUUGUCAUUAUUCUGUUCGAUCGCUGCGGCAUAGUUCUACAAAAUGAGCGUUUUGUGUGAGAGACCAGACUCCGAAUUUUUCCGUACUAUCCCCGACUUUUGCGUCGCAGUACAAAAGUUUACUGAAAAUGACGUUAAAUCGAAAUUGGAACACUUCGGGCGUAUUUUUGAGAGGCAUGGAGUAGCAGAGGAGUUUGGUUUAGCAAUGGUGCAUCGCCAUUUUGAUAUAUCGAAAGACGAAGUUCUCGUCGAAACUCUGAAUGAUCAGAAAUCGAUUGGAGUUACUUCGCCUUGGAUAAUUAAGGAUACCACUGUGGUAGCACCCGAUAAUGAAACGUUGUGGAUAGAACACGACACGAAGAUGAAGCAGUAUGUGGUGCCUCAAACUUGGAGCUUCGAUAAACACGGUAAUCUAAAGCCACUCGAGUUUUUGUCAACCGAUUCUCCAAUGCAAACACCUGAUGAGUCCUUUGCCGCUGAACUGUAUUCAGAACUGAAGAAUUUGGGCUUAGAAGGAAUUUUGGGCAUUCGACGAAUUGUUAAUGUCAAAGGUCGAUCAUCCUGGGAAACAACUCCUCACAAUUCCCGAUCUAAUGUUGUUGUGUUUGGAACAAGACCCAAAGCUGACGUUGCGAAGAAAAUGUUCACCGUUCUGUGGUGUUUCGAUGAAAAUGGAAAACUUCGUGCAGGUGCUGACUGCCGUGGCCACUGUCGUGGCCACUGUAAUGGCCAUGACUAAAUUCUAAGUGGUGUCUACUGUUGCUCCGUUAUUUACAUUACCUAAUGAUAGGGUCGAAGGGCCUAUGUAUUGAAAUGUAAAUGAAUACUUCCAUUAGAUAUCAAAUCCCAAAAAUGUCAAAC